AUGUCUGGCCAGGACCCUGAGGAGUUUGGAGCAGAAAUCCUGUCAGAAAAGUCUCGGAUGAUCCCUGGGCUCCCUCCUUAUGACAUGGAUGAGCAGCUCCUCCCCAGGGAGCCCCGCAGCCCCUGGUGCUGCCUGGCAUGGACCCUGGUGAUAGGAACCAUGAACUGCCUGCUGUUCCUGCUGAAUUUGCUCCUGAUGUUGGUUAUUUUCACCGUUGUGCUGCUUCCUACCAUCGUGGUGGUUUACUUUGGCUUCCAGUGCCACUCCCAGGUGCUGCACUCCUCUGCCCGCUACUGCAAGAGCAUCUUGGACGACAACAGCUCCUCUGCCCUCAUCAUCCUGGGCUUUGUCAUCAUGUCCCCGCUGCUCGUGGUGGCCAUGGCCAUUUAUUGCAGCCUGGCCCGGCGCCUGCAGCUCCUCGUGUGCUUCCAGCCCUUCAGCCUGGCUGUCUACAAGGGGGGACACUGCUGUCACCCCAGGGAUGGGGGUCUGUGCUGUGCCAGGGGCUGCAACACCCAGCUCAAAGCCUGGGUGUGA